AUGGCUGAUGGAGAGGUGCUGACUGCUUUGAACAGCAUGCUGCUGGAGCACCUGGCUUUGGCGGGCCUUGAACUGCCUGUUCUUCAGGAAGUUGAGAAAGGCUUGCAUUCUUCAAGCGAGUCGUUGCUGACGUCGGAUCUCGCGAGGGUCUAUCAGUGUGGCAUGCAAGGACAACUGGUCGUUCGGGGGGCCUUGCUUAGUGGGCGCGAAUGCUCCAUCUCAGUGAACCCAUGGACGACGGUCUCAGAAGCAAAGGCAAUUAUGGCGACCGAGCUGGGUAUAUUUCCCCAGGACUAUUCCUUGACAAGCAACGAGGAGAUCUUGCUUGGUUCGCAAGCUAUCGGAAGGCAUGUAUCUCCAGCAGGACAUACUCACCUAACCCUCGUCCGCCUCGACCCCCGAGAUCUCUUUGCCCAGGAACUGGAUUCACUUUCGUCCGGCCCCGCCAAGAAGCAGAUGAUCGGAGAGCGUUUGUAUCCCAAGGUUCGCAGAAUCAAUGAGGCUUGGGCAGGCAAACUCACGGGAAUGAUUCUGGAGAUGGACAACGCCGAGCUCCUAGAAAUCCUCGAGUCAGACGAGCUUCUGCUGGCAAAGGUGCAGGAGGGUCUGCAUGUUCUUCGUCAGGCUGGAGAAGCCGACGGUCCGCGUAUUCUUCGUCAGCAGCGGCAGCAGCAGCAGCAGCUGCAGUAG